AUGGUGAUCAGAAAUGCUAACAACAGAACCCUUCUGGAGCCAAACCUCACAACUUCCUUCUCGCUGCAAACUUCAUGUGAAAUCAAUGAGUCAUAUAAGUACAUAUUUCUACCCCUGUGUUACUCUUUCACCUUGGUUCUCAGUUUGACCCUCAAUUCCAUCAUAUUGUACAGAUCACUGCGACGUACAAAACGGUGGAACCCAUCACUGUUGUACAUGUUUAACCUUGCACUGACAGACUUCAUGUAUGGGCUUUCUCUACCAUUCCUCAUUGCCAGUUACAUCAUGAAAAAUCAAUGGGUCUUUGGAGACUUCAUGUGCCGUUUGGUGAGGUUCCUAUUCUAUUUCAAUCUCUACUGCAGUAUCUUCUUCCUAACUUGUAUCAGCUUCCACAGGUAUCUUGGUAUUUGCCAUCCGAUGAAGUCCAUCAACAGAGGAAAGAAGAAGACAGUAAGAGUUGUUUGUGUUUUGGUAUGGUUUGUUAUCUUUGCCUUAACCAGUCCAAUAUUCCGCUUUGCCAGAACAGAAUCAUCUGCAAAUUUGACAAGCUGCUGGGAUGAUGCAGUGGACAAAGAUCUUCUAAACUAUGUACCAUAUGGGAUGUUCCUCCACCUGUUGGGUUUCUUUGUGCCCUUCUGUAUCAUUGCUUGGUGCUAUUCUCGUGUUGUAAGCACCAUCUUCAAGACCAUGAACAGCCAACAAUUCCAGUCAGGUACACCAGCUAUGGAAAAGCGAAGGAAAUCCAUCAAGACUGUGGUGACCAUUACAUUUCUGUUUGCAUUGUGUUUUCUUCCAUUCCACAUAACCAGAACUCUAUUUCUGAUCUUGAGAGUGAUGCGAAAUAUAGACUGUCAUACUGUAAAUGUGGUUAGUAUCUGCUACAAGGUCACCAGGCCCUUGGCGAGCUUCAAUGCAUGGCUCAAUGCUUUGCUUUACUUUCUCACGAAGGACAAGUGGAGGCAGACCUGUUUGAAACCAGUAAAAACUGAAAAUGAUUCCAAGUCUUCUGGGAACAUUUUCAAACCAUUCACGUGA